AUGAAGAUAGUAGCGUUGGUAUUGUCAAGAAGAGGAGGCAACAUCAUUGAUCAAGCGACAGAUCUGAGUCAUUUUGGUUUCUUUGAGCGUUCAACGGCCAAAGAGGUGCUACUGGCAUCAAGCAAGAUAUUCGUAGACAAGUUCAAAGUCAACUCAAAGUGUGCUGUUCCCCAUGAAGGUUAUAUAGCGUUUGUAGAUGUUAGAGAAGACUUUGGAGGUGUAGUAUUCACAGAUCAGGAGUAUCCUGAAAGAAUUGCAGCAAGAUGUCUAUCAGAGAUGAUGAAUGAAUAUAUGAGAAUGACCAAAGGAAUUAUUGGUGCUGCAUUCCCUCAGAUUGGUCCAAUGUUGACAAAGUAUGCCAAUCCUGAAGGUCAUGAUAAGAUCGCCUCUGUACAGAAUCAAAUCAAUGAUAUCACUAUUAUUAUGCACAAGAAUAUAGAUGCUGCUCUGCAGAACACAGCCAAGAUGGAGGAUCUGCUGGAUCAAUCAAAUGAACUGUCGGCAAAGAGUAAACUAUUCCUGAAACAAGCAAAGAAGGCAAACAGAAGGUGUUGCUCGAUACAAUAA